CUGAUAUAUAAAAUGAUUAGAUUCUCAUUAUAGAAAGGAUAAUAAAUAUUGAGAAAACAAUUAUAAGCAUUCUCAACUCAGUAGAAUCUCAUAGAAAUAUUCAUAGAUGAUGUACCUCAUAAAGUAAGAGCUCUAAUUUAAUAGAAAAUAGGUUGAUCCAUCAGCAACAAUAUUUUAAGCAUGUUAUUCUGCAGGUGUAAUUAUUCCAAGAUUUUGUUAUCAUGAAAGAUUAGCAGUAGCAGGAAAUUGUAGAAUGUGUUUAGUUGAAGUUGAAAAAUCACCAAAGCCUGUAUAAUUAAAUAAAUAUUCUAAAAGGUUGCAGCAUGUGCAGCUUAAGUAGCUCCAGGAAUGAGAAUUCUUACAAAAAGUGAGAAGACUAGAAUAGCAAGAGGUGGUGUAAUGGAAUUCAUGUUAGCUAAUCACCCUUUGGAUUGCCCUAUUUGUGAUUAAGGAGGAGAAUGUGAUUUAUAAGAUAUUUCUGAGCAAUAUGGGUAUGAUAUUAUUAUAUUAUUAAAUUAGAUAUGGGGAUAGUAGACAUAAUGAAUAUAAGAGAGCAGUUGAAGAUAAAAANUCCAAACUAAAUAAAUCAUCAAUCUCUUGCUUUUCUACUUUUAUAGCUACAUUUUCUGUUGAUCUUAAGUCAAAUCCUUAAUAUACAACUCCAAAUGAACCAGAGGAGAUCCUCUUUUUUAUUACAAAUUAAUUAUUGAAUAUCUAUUAUGA